AUGGCAUCAUCGGCUCACAAUGCAGUGAGAGCCUUGGUGCAAUGUGCGAAAGAUAUGGAAUUGAAAUUUCCCACUGCCGCGAAGGCAAUUCAAGAAGACUUCUACAUGGAUGACUGCGCCACAGGUGCUGAUUCUGAAGUUGAAGCAAUAAAGUUAUCGACAGAAAUCGACCUGAUACUAAAGAGUGCAGGUUUCGAGCUAAGAAAAUGGAGUUCGAAUUCCAGAGCUUUCAUAGAAAACAUGAAUUAUGAGGAGCAAAAUUCGAUUGUAUUCCAAGAAGACGACAAAGCGUCGAUUCUGGGAUUGAAAUGGUUACUCGACAGAGAUCAAUUUACAUUUGUAGUAAAGACACCAAUAUCUGAGGAUAUAAUGACAAAGAGGAAAGUAGUUAGCUGUAUAGCACAGUUGUACGAUCCAAAUGGAUUUUUAUCGCCAGUAACGAUUCUUGGUAAAAUUCUUAUACAAGACAUAUGGCGAGGAAAGAAGGAUUAG